CCAUAGUUGGUCCUAUGCUUUGCUGGCUUGAAGCUCUCCAUUGUUGGUUUUUAAUGGGGUCUGUCUGCUAAGAAGACCCCUCCAACCCCAAUCCCUCUUCCAAAAAAAACAAAACAAAAUUCAAUUCAAUUCACCUCUUUUCUGGAAAUGCUGAUACCUCAUUUUCAUUCUCUUCUUCAGUCUCAUCACUUCCUUCCAACUACUCAUACCAAACAAAGUUCAGAUUAUUAGAAUACUCUAUAAAAAAAAAACCCAAAUUUUCUGCAAUUUUUAUCGGGGUUUGAUUUGAUGGAUCUUUAGAUCUGAAAGUAUUUUUCAACCACUAGUAGUGUUUCUUUGUUUUUCUUUCUCCUCUAGAUCUUCGCUCUUCUUCUGGGUACCCCUACAAAGAGUGGGAAUCCCUCCAAUUAUAAGGGAGAAAUAUAAUCGGGUUCCGCAGCUUGAAUCGAGGUUUUGUAGCUAAGCUAGACUAAGAAUUUGGGGUUUUGAUAUGAUAGGCUUGAUCUGUUAGAUAAUAUUGAUCACUAUAUAUGUCAAUAUUGUAGAAUUUAGGGUGUGUUUGGAUUUCAAAGUGUACUGAUUGCAUAUUGUAACAAGAGUGAAGGGGGGGGAAAGUUUUGGUGGAAAAUAAGGGGAGGUUGUAAUUGUGUUGGGUGAAAAAGUUGUUUAAAGUGUCCCAUAUGAAAUGUGGGGAAUUAGGAGGGUGGUUUGGUUGAGAUGAGGUAUGCUAUCAGGGUUGAUGAAUUUUCUGAGGGCCUGUUUGUGGCCAGUUUCGGAUCCUUCAAUCCACGCGGGUUCGGAUUCGAGUGGGCGUCAAGAAGGGCUAUUAUGGUACAAGGAUACUGGGCAACAUGUUAAUGGUGAUUUCUCAAUGGCUGUUGUGCAAGCCAACAGUUUGCUUGAGGAUCAAAGUCAACUUGAAUCAGGCAGCUUGAGUUCACUUGAUUCUGGUCCAUGUGGUACUUUUGUGGGCGUCUAUGAUGGGCAUGGUGGCCCGGAGACUUCGCGUUAUAUCAAUGAUCACCUCUUUCCUCAUCUCCGCAGAUUUGCUACAGAAAAUCAUUGCAUAUCUGCAGAUGUAAUUCGGAAGGCAUUUCAGGCAACAGAAGAAGGAUUUUUGUCUGUUGUAAGUAGGCAAUGGCCAAUGAAACCCCAACUUGCUGCUGUUGGAUCAUGCUGCUUGGUAGGAGUCAUAUGUACCGGGGCCCUUUAUAUCGCAAAUCUUGGUGAUUCUCGAGCUGUUUUGGGGAGACUUGUCAAAGCAACGGGAGAAGUUCUUGCCGUCCAGCUCUCAACAGAGCACAAUGCAUGUUUAGAAGCCGUGAGACAGGAACUGCAGUCAACACAUCCUGAUGAUUCACAUAUUGUCGUGUUAAAGCAUAAUGUUUGGCGUGUGAAGGGCCUUAUACAGAUUUCUAGAUCUAUUGGAGACGUAUAUUUAAAGAAGGCUGAGUUCAAUAGAGAACCUCUUUUCGCCAAAUUUCGCCUGCGGGAACCUUUCAAAAGACCGAUAUUAAGUGCAGACCCAUCAAUUUUAGUUCAUGAGCUGCAGCCACAUGAUCAGUUUGUAAUAUUUGCUUCAGAUGGACUAUGGGAGCACCUUAGCAAUCAAGAAGCUGUCGAUAUUGUGCAAAAUAAUCCACGAAGUGGAAGUGCUAAGAGAUUGGUAAAAUCUGCACUUCAAGAGGCGGCUAAAAAGCGAGAAAUGAGAUAUUCGGAUCUGAAGAAAAUUGACCGUGGGGUUCGACGUCAUUUCCACGACGACAUCACUGUGAUUGUAGUAUUCCUGGACUCAAAUCUCGUGAGUCGGGCUACUAGUGGAUCUAAGGGCCCACAAGUGUCGGUUAGAGGAGCUGGGGUUACCCUUCCUUCUAAUACUCUAGCACCCUCAUAGAUGGAUGUUCAGCUAAUGGCUUUCAGAAAAUCUAGCGCGUUUUUGAAGAAUUGGAGAAGCUAGAAAAAGAGGGUACGGUACGGUACUAUAACGUGUUCUCACGGCGUAUGCCAUAGCUACUUUUAACUUGGAACUGACAGUGGAUUUUUAAGUUCUAUCGUGGUAUCGAGAAGAGAGUGAGAUGGAAAUCAGGUGAUGGUUAUGAUAGUUAAGUUAAAAUUCCUCAUAUUGACUGGUAUCUUUUGCGGUGACGAUUUUUUCACUUUUGCCCUAUCUAUUUGUUAAAUUUUACUCCGUAUUGUUUUACUUACUAUUUUCAGAAGGGUGCUUAGGCCCAUUGUAUAAAAAAAAAAAAGGAAAGGAAAAGGUACCAUUUUGGCUAUACCACUUGAGUUUGAACUGAAAAGUUUGAGCUAAGAAGCCAACUGAAAGGGGCUUUAGCUCGAAAAUGUGAUUUUCACCUCCUUUGGGUUAUAGAUUUUGGAGUUAAUUUGCCCUUACUCUGGGAUUGUAGAUAUGACUUUGGUGAUAUGUGUCACUUUUUAUUGCAUAAAUUGCCUUGAAGAUAGGCACAAAGGGUAAUGGGUUUAGGUUGGACCCUUCUGGAUAGUUUUGUUCUUGAAGGAACUUGUAAUGUACUGUACUACAUUUAGAGGUUAAUCAACUACUGUUUGCUAUUUGAGGUUAA